AUGUUGUUAGAGACACGCUGGAAGAACAUCCGCCAAACCUUGCUGCUUCUGUUCACCGCUGCUCUUCUCAUCGGGGUCACCAUGCUGGCCAUCUCCUCUAACAUCAACCCAGUGGGCUAUUUCUUCCUCGGGGUAGGGGGAGUGUGCCUGGUCGGCUAUUUGCUGAGCGUGUUUGUCGAGUGUUACCUGAGGAAUCAACACCGGCGUGACGCAAAUGAAAUACCUCCAAACAGGCAAAGCCAAGCAGGGGUGAAUGCCGCCUAUGAAGCACCCACCUACGAGGAGGUGAUGACCAUGUCAGCUCCAGCACCAGCAAUAUGGACAAUCACAUCCAACCCAGGCUCCGUGCCCUCGCCGCUGAGCGAGCCUCCCCCGUACAACGUCGUUAUUGAGUCCUCUGCCCAACAGGGGAUGAUGGUGGAGGCUCUGCGGGGGCCAGUGCCACCAGACACAGUGCACCCCUCUGACACAGACACGGGCUCCAGGACGCAGCUGCAGCUGGUGCUGCCCCCGAGACUGCAGCGGUUUGUUUCGGACAUCCAUGAGGACAAAGACCUUGAAGAAAGGUUUGAACCACUGGAGCCACUCACCCCACCACCUCCUUACGAGACUGCCAUCAGUGAUGAGGUCUUUGCAGAUGCUCACCAGCCCUCUGUAUUAGGACUGGCUUCACCUUCCAUGAAUACAGAACCAAACCCUCACUCCAAUACAGGAUGUUCCUAG